UCUGGCAUUCCCAUUACAUAAGAAUUGUCACAUUGAUCAGCUGUUCGCCGGUUGUGCGAUAAUUCUCCACCAUAUUUUUACUUUGGUUAAGUUUGCUACUAUAAUUUUGUAUUAAAAACUUGAGUAAAAAUGUUGAAGACCUGGUGUUUCAAUUCCAUCAACUUACUCAAGAGUUCAGCGACAUUGCAGCAGCAAGUGCGGACCACCUUUGUUCUAAAGCGCAAAUAUGAUCCGUUACUUCAUAAAACUAACGCAAAACCUAAGAAAUUGCGCGCAAAACAUUUUAUUUACGAGCUGGUGGAGGAUACAAAUGUUAAACGUCGACCAAAUUUAGAGCUGGUGCUGAAAACCUAUGUGGAAGGAGUCGGAGAAAAGGGGGAUGUGGUCUCGGUGAGACCAAAUUUUGCCUACAAUAAACUAUUGUUGCCAGGCUUGGCCGUGUACAAAACAGAAGAGAAUAUAAAAUUAUAUUCCAAAACGGAGGAAGAUAAGCAAACAAUAACCCACAGCUCAGCAUUUGCACAGCGCACGAUCAACAACAUUGAACGGUUUUCACUUGCCGUGGUGAUGAAUAAAGAUCAUCCGUGGGUUGUUGAGAAAUGGCAUAUAAAAGCAUCACUGCGCAAGGCAGGUAUCCAUUGCCCCGAAGAAUGCAUCACAAUGCCCGAUGCCGUAAUCGAAGGACCAGAUAUGAAUAAGGAGGGUAAGGUGUUUUAUUGCACUAUAACAGUGAAUAAUAUGGAAAAGGCACGUCUGAGCUGUCGCAUCCAUCACUGGAGUACUGAUCCCAGCGAAAGGCUACCGUAUGUGCCGGAAUACUGGAAACUGCCGACGGAACCUCUAUUCGGCAGUGAAAACUCUAAAGCAGAUAAUGUGGCAAAAGUGGAAGAAAAGUAGACUUGAGAUAGGGAAAUUUAAUAAAUGUCGAGUAUAUAUCGGAAUGGAAAUGAAGAGGAAAAAUAUAUUACAAUCACAAAAAAACAAAAUG